AUGUGCGAAGGCAUGGCCAAAUCGCCUGUAAGGGAUGCGCGGAUUCGAAGUAUCCAGAGCCUUCAAUCGUGUGUACGAACAUCGUUCGAUGUAGUAUCGUCGGCAUCCACGACACUGGGCGCGAAUGACACCAGAUCAGUCCUGGCCCCGUCCGAUUAUAUGGACAUUUUCCCAGCACGAAGUCAGUCGGUGAUGCUGCGAUGGCUAGCAGAGACGGGCAACACAACUCGGUACAUGAACCAAUCUCAAGCGCUCGGGAGUGUUUAUGGAGAGUUUGACGUUAUUGAAGAUUCGGAUUCCGAGGCCGAACAGGAGGUGGAAGCGAUUCAGCUGCAAUUACAGAAAGGAAAGGAACAUGUACAAAACGGCAACUCAGUCACUGCGGCAAAGUUUCUCGCUGCAGGAAUCUCCAAGCUAAAACACCAUCGCUCCCGAUACCUCGAUGCCGAGCGGAAACUCUUUAUGCUCGAUGAUCUGCUUCAACCGCUGGAGGAACAGCAAAAUUGGGCUGAAGCUAAAAGAAUCAGGCUUGAGAAACUGUCCGUCUUGUCGUACGACAUGACAACACAGUCCGAUAGGUACCUUCAAGAGACUCUCGGAUUGGUGGAGUUUCUUUUGCGAGCACACGACAUCAACGAAGGGCGUAUCUACGCACGGAAAUGCAUUAAAGCUUAUCGAAAACUCGGCACCGACGGGCUCGAUGGGCUCAAACAAGCAUUGGAAUUGAUGAUCACGGCAUGUCAGCUGGAACAAGACGAGCCGGAGGAGGAGGUAUACAAGGCAAUGCUUGCGCAACUCGACAUCAAUCUUGGAAGCGACAAAACUGCAGUCGAAGCCAGUGAGCCGGUUUUACCCGCGGAAUUUGAUGCUUCAAGUACUGAAAUUCCCAACUAUUCAGCUGAGGAAAGGGAAAAAGCUAAAUCUUUCCUUCCACGAUUUCCCAGCCUACCCAGUCUAUUGAGCCAGUCGGCAAUCGAAGAAUUCUUGCAAACCGACCAAGCAGUUACAGUAACAGACAAAGUGCGAAAUAUUUUCAGAAACACGGUUCCACCGAGUGAAGCGAUUCCGUUUGCGUUAAAUGACAGGAAAACUGAGCAAGACAGCAUUACUACUGGCACGACAGAUGAGAUUACAGAUGACUAUCAAUCGAUUGACGACAGCUCGACAGUAACCACUUCUUCAUCGUGUACAGAUACAAAAGAUAAAGAGACUGGAAGCCAAUCUCAGAGAGUUGAUCCCUAUUUGGACCUCCAAGAUAGCUUAUCGGGAUGCAUCGGUUUAAAACGCGACCGCCAGCCCGAUUUCAACACCAACGCUGGGAGUUCUAGCAAUCAGUGCAUCAAGGUCACAACGCCCUCAAUCCAGAUUGAAGGAUCACCGUCUCAAGAAGAUGGAAACCCCACAGAAACGGACGUAAGGUCAAUCUACGAGCUUGACGCGUCCACUACCGCCAUGGACAACGCCAAUUCUGACACGCACCAUGGUCCUUCUAGAACGUCUUCUGUGCAUAUUCAAAGAGCUUUCUCAUGGGAGGAUGACAACAGAAGGGAAAAAGACAUGUUUUCAGUCCAUAUACCAGACAAAGCAAAUACUACGAUAGAAGAACCUCGUAGCGUUGCGGAUAUUGGUCUCGAUACAUACUUUGAAUCUUCGACGCUUUCGACCUGGAUAUCUGCCAUGCAUAAUGCCCCAUCGUCCGAGCCGCUGGAACCCAGCGCCCAGCCUUUACCAUUUUCAAGGGAAACAGAAAGCCCUACGGCCACCAGACUUCCCUUGAUUGAUACAGAGGCUGGAUGCGAUAGGAAUGAUACUUGCAGUCGUAAGAUCAUACCAAACCCCAUGAACUGUGCCCAGCUAACUAUCUUUCUUAUUACAGAGGAUCAAGUUUUUAAAGACGACGAAAAAGGUGUGACGAACGAAACCGACAGUAUACAGCCAAAAGCACGGGUAACCACUGUUAUUCUCGGUCCAAGUUGUUCCGGGAAGUCGUCCUUAAUACAGUAA